AUGAAUAUCAGCUCUAAUAUCGGCGUCGACUACAAGGCAUCCAGCCUUGAUCUCGGGGUCAUUCACCCAAGCUCCUUGCAAGGCUCUGACAUCAAAUUCAUUCGCUUGCAAUGGCUUGACUAUACAAAUAUGGUCAAAUUCCGUAUCAUGCCGGUGUCCUACUUCCAAAAGCUCCUGGCAUCUCAGCGGCCGGGCGUCAACCUCGCCAAACCCUCGCUAGGACUCGUUGGGCUCGGAUUGGCAGAGGGAUUCCCUAUCAUGGGCGAAUACUAUCUUACUCCUGACGUUCGCACUUUGAGGAGGUGUCCGUAUGAACCCGGCCAUGCGAGCUUGAUGAGUUGGUUCGAAGAAAAGGCUCCUGUUGAGCUUCCGGAUGGUUCUUCGAGUGUUGCAGUUCCUCUCUGUCCUAGGACCACACUAAAACGAAUUGUUGAUUGCGCAGAAAACGAAUCGCAUGUUAAAUUUCUUGUUGGCUUUGAAAGCGAGUUUGUGUUGUUAAAGAGUACUGAUCCCAUCGAGGCUGUAAAUAUCCAUGAGUUUUCAAGCUCAGAUUCUAUGCGUCCCGGAGCCAUUGAAACAACUGUCAUGAAUGAAAUAGCCAAAUCUGUCCAAGAAUCGGGUAUUGAACUCCAACUGUAUCACGCUGAAGCUGGUGCUGGACAGUAUGAGGUCGUGACGGGCCCACUCCCACCUCUCGAAUCAGCCGACGCACUAGUCCACACCCGGGAAAUCAUCUACAACACAGCUGCCCGCUACGGGCUCCGUGCAACCUUCACCCCCCGUCUACCCACAAGCGCAAUCGGCAGCGCCGCCCAUAUGCACUUAUCCAUCCACUCAACCGUUCGUACCCCUUCUCCCAAGCACCCGCUUCACACCCCAAAGGCGCCCAAUGUCCUCUCUCCUCUGGAAUCUACCUUCCUCGCCGGGCUGCUUGCGCACCUCCCAGCUUUACCAGCGCUAACACUGCCCACCGCGGCCUCGUACCAAAGGGUAGGCGACGGGCGGUGGUCCGGUGGCACGUACGUUUGCUGGGGCACCGAGAACCGCGAGGCGCCCGUGCGCCUCACCAACCCAGCGUCGCCUUCGAGCCGCCGGUUCGAGCUGCGGUUCAUGGACGGCACGGCGAACCCGUACCUCGCGCUUGCCGGUAUCAUAGGCGCCGGACACGCGGGGGUGCGCGCUGGCUUGAAAUUGGAGGUGCAGGAUAAUCCGGGACCUCAGAGCGCAGCGCAGAUGUCGCCGGAGGAGAGAGCGGCUCUGGGUAUCGUAAGACGCAUGCCGCUCAGUUGGGAGGAAGGACGGAAGAAUAUUCAGAGCGAUCGAGAGCUUGUAGUGAUUCUGGGGGAAGAGUUGGUGGAGAAGUAUUUGUCGGUGAAUAAACUUGUCGACAGCACCAUUAACAAUCCAGAAGCAAGUGAAAGUGAAAGAAUUCAAUCUCUCAUUAAAUUCUAUUAA